GAGAGAGAGAGAGAGGAACUCAAACUAACUACCUAGCUAGCUUUCCAUCAAUGGCUUCCUCAAGCACUGGUUUCUAUUUAGAGAAGUACCCGUAUCCAUCAGAGUCUAAAGUGGAGGAAUAUGUCAUCGAAAUGCUCUCAGACAGCAACUACGAAAAGUGGAGAGAACUAAUGAUCAAAUUCAUUAAUAGUCAACGCUUGGAUGGUUUCAUCUACGGCACGGAUGAGGCUCCCCUUGAAAUGGUCCCAGUGCCAGUGCCGGUCCCAAAUGCUGGUGGUGGUGAUUCUGCUGGUGGUGGUGGUGAUUCUACUAGUGGCGGCAAAAAGUACAUUAAGAAUGAGGAAUACGAGUACUGGAAAAAAUCAAACGACCUCGUACGGGGAUGGAUCUUGACAACGCUCACCAAAGAUACGGCCAAACGAGUUCUGUGGUUUAAAAAUGCUAAAGCUGUGUGUGUUAGCUUUUGAUAAAACUUUCUUUAGAAUGAAUUAUAUUUUGUAUUGAAUUUUUAUCACUUAUUGAUUCAUAUAUCUUGCCCAUAGGCUUACAUCCUUUUAUAUAGAGAAGAUUAUACAUAACUUCAAUGAACAAGAUCCAUGAACCUAAACAACCUUGUACUUAAUUAGGU